AUGGAGGAUGAUGAUGGCCAUAAAGAUGAAGAACCAUACCAUGCAGGAAUCAUUGUAGAUGAUAAUGAAAUUCUACACCUCUCAAAAGAAAAUAACAUUCUCAAAGAAAAUCUUGAGCUUAAUGUCAAGAAACUUAACUUCGCUCUUCAGCCAAAUAAAACAUCUUUACCUGAGCUGGAAGAGGAUGCUGAAGUAUAUUUCAUUACCAAAAAUACAAGUGUUAAAAUGAUAAUUCAUUUAUUGACUCCUAUUAAAUAUCCACUAACAAGUCAAGAAGGAGUUGUGAUUAUUUAUCAUGUUGAAGGAUGGUAUAAUGUAGAAGCUGUAUUUACAGAUAUCCAAUAUUCUAUGGGAAAACCUUGUGGUCAACAUAAUUCAACUUGCAUUUAUCUUGGUAAUAUUGGUGUAGUUAGGAAAGAAAGAACAUGUUAA